CUUGACUGGGCUGCAGGGGGCAUCCUCAACCGCACGAGGAAAAUCCAGCCAAUGCCCGUCCUCUUCUCACACACGCCAUAGCGUAGAGAAGAGAAAGAGAGUGUGUGUGAGAGAGAGAGGAGUUCUGGUCUUCCCUGCUUCCACAUCCAUCAAGUCUCAACCACUGGAGUCAGAGGGGAGGAAAUCACAAGAGGCCGUGCGCGCGCGCUGCUACUCCUCCUCGGUCUUCGCGUGGUUUUGCGGGGAUUUGACGCGAUCACGGGCAGACGGAUGUGCCGACAAAAGCGCCUGCCUUAAAGUUGGAUACCGAAAACGAAAGGUUUACUCCUACCUAGUUACCUUAACGAGGAGCGGGGAGACGAGAGCGCGAGCCCCGUGUUUUGCUGCGUUCGGAGCACCAUGAAGCUCCCGUGCUGGAUGGCGCUCGCGCUGCUGCUGCUGGCGCAGACUGCACUGGCAUAUCGACCAAGCGACGAUGAGGGAUCCGGAGAUGAAUUUUCCGAUGAUGAGGACUACUUUUCCGGAUCUGGCUCUGGCUUUCCAGAUAUAAACGUUCGUCCGACUGCAGCAGGUGUGGCGGUCACUACAGAGGAGCCCCUCCCACUUUCUACCACACAGGCCACUGGCCCCGCCCCCUCGGCCUCCCCCGCCGCAGAGCCGAGUAGCCCACCUCCACCUGAGGUGGAGCGCGAGAGCGGCUUGGGACAAGAUGUACUAGACAGAGACAGCAAACAGGAGCUUGAGGAGGAGGAAAUGAGGACGACGAAGGAGCCGGAUAGAGAACGAGAAUCCGGGAUGGAAAUAAGGUUGGAUGCUGACAAAGAGCGGGAACAAGAGACGUCGAAGGCUACGGUUGCACCCCGGCUGACUGACGUUCCUGUAGUGUUCAUGGAUUCAUCCACCGCUCCGGGUGAGACUACAGUGACCACUGGUGACCUGGAGGAAGAGGAGGACGAUCUGUACAUUACUACAGAAACGAUGAUGUUUGAGCCGUCCAGCACACCAGAGACGACGACAGAGGACAUCACAACCACUGAGGUUAUUCCCACCACCGUUUCGUCCACCACUGCUAAGCCGUCUAGACCACGUCCUGCCCUGACCACUCCAAGCACCGCCCCCGUACGACCCCGGCAACCACAGACCACCCCGAGUAGAGCCGCCCCGCCUGAGAGCAGCACUCGCUCGCUGAUGAGCUCCACAACACAGACACAAACACCAGAUGAAACUGUAAAUAAUGAAGUUGCAGGACCAGGUCCAAGUGGUGAUUUUGAAAUCCACGAGAAGGAAGUUCAAGGCAACGAGGCCGGCCGAGGCAGAAAGGCUGGAGAUCCAGAUUUGACUGGAAACACAGUAGAUGCUGCGGGAAGCUCCGCCGCUCAACUUCCACAGAAGAACAUCCUCGAGAGGAAGGAAGUUUUGAUAGCGGUGAUAGUCGGAGGUGUAGUCGGAGCACUCUUCGCUGCGUUCCUCGUAAUGUUACUCGUCUACCGGAUGAAAAAGAAAGAUGAAGGCAGCUAUACAUUGGAGGAACCUAAACAAGCUACUGUCACCUACCAGAAACCGGACAAGCAGGAAGAAUUCUACGCCUAACAUCCAUACAUUCACCCUCCUCCAUCUCUCCAACCUUGUCCCGUCUCUAUCUGACCCCACUUCCUUUCUUUUCAUCUUGCCCCUUUUCCUUUGAUCCCUUUCUUCCCUCGUUUCCCCAUGAGAGUGCCUCUCAUUCCACGGACUCGGAACUUUCUUUUCCAAAAAAAAAAAAAAAAAAAAAACUGAAAAAGAUCAAUGUAGAAACAAAUGGAAUUGGUUAUGGGAGGGGCUUGGGUUAGGGGUGGGGUCAGUGAGGGCGGGGCUUGAGUCUACACAUACACAGAGAAGAGAAACUUUUUUAAGAACAUGUUAUUAUUGAUAUGUUUAGGAUUGUUGUUCUAUGGAAUUAUGACCUGAAUCUUUUUUUUGUAAAGACACUCCGUUUCAGAUGUGUUUCCUGCACAAUAUUACUCUCAGACUGAAAACAUGGGAGCUAAAAAAAAAAAAAAAAACAGCAUGAUAAAAAUGAGGGAGAGGAAAAGAACACAGUUGGGGUCAUGGAGGGAUUGUGCAAGUCAGACAAGAGGGAGAAAAAGGAGCAGAAAUAAGAGUUGCAUGGCAGAAGUAGAGUCCGUACUCGAAAUGCUCUUCUGUCACCAAGGUCAGUGAUCCAGCGUUGUGUGGUGCCUUCCAUUUCCCAGGUGCUAGAAACAGAGCUCGAGCAGAGCGAGUAUGUGUGUGUGUGUGUGUGCUUGCGCAUAUAUGUGCGAUUGUAUGUCAAAGGUGCCCUUGUGACCCCAGCCUAGACACACGCACACGCGCGCAGGCGCACACACGCAGCACGACUCCCUCUGCUGGCGAGAUCACGUAUCGGCACGGCGGUAUUGUCCGUUUGGAGCAGGGAGCCCGAAACACGUACACAGCACACUAAAAACUCUGAAGGUUUGCUGUGAGGGAGCGCAUGCAUAGAAUCAGAGGACUAGCCUCUCCUCUGCUCUGUAUAAAAACUUUAGUAAUCAUUAGUAAUAAUCAAUAAUAUAUCAGCAGCUCUGAAUGGAAGGAAAUUGAUGAUCAUAAUAUUCGUAGUGAAGGAUAUUAUCUAUUUAGCUGUGCAGUAAGGUUUUAUCGGUGUAAAUAUCAAUUCAACUUUUUUGUUUGUCAUGCUUUUAACCAUGCUAUUGUAGUAAAAAAUAAACAUGCACACAUCCACCUGGACAUCAUUUAAAAAUUGUUUUAUCAGUUUAACCUGGAGAAAUGCUGAAUGCUCAGCGUCUAGUGUGUCACCGAUCAUUAGUCGAGUGUCUGGUUUUUGUUUUAAAAGGUUAGUCUUUCGCACAGCCUCAUUCACUCUCAAACGGAGACAUUUCUACUCGCACAAGCAAGCCUGAUGGACAGUCGUGCUCAAGAUGGAUGUUGUAGGAACGUGUUGAUGGGGAUUGGGGUUGGGACAUUAUCGCUGUGGGUAACAAAUGCAACUUUUCGGGAGAAAAAUAGUGUGUCUAACAAAGAUAUCCAAGCUGAAAGCCUUUAAAUCAGGGGUUUCCAAACUUGGUCUUGGAGGGCCACUGUUCUGGAGAUUUUAGAUCCAACUUGCCUCAACAUUCCUUCCUAGAAGUUUCUAAUAUUCCUAAUUAGACCUUGAUUAGCUGGUUCAGGUGUGUUUAAUUGGGGUUGGAGCUAAACUCUGCAGGACAGUGGCCCUCCAGGACCGAGUUUGGAGACCCCUGCUUUAAAUAGUACGAUUUCAGAAUUACUAUCAUUUUUUUUUCCCUGGGUUAUUGUUUUAUUUGAUAUGCUAUAUCAGAAUACAUUUAAUUCAUAAAAGCAAAAUGACUAGAAAUGCAUGAAUUAGCAAUAACAAGCUAUCAACAACAGACUCUGUGGUUGACAUGCUCAGAAUGUAUGUGACAUGUCAUGUGGUGUGAUGUCAGUGUUACUCGCAGAUGUAGCACAAGAUGUUAGCAAAAUGCUGAAAUGACAUUACUUGUCUUAACACAUAUCAUUUUAAAUAUCUGAACGUGCAAAUGUACUAUAUCGAAUCUGGGACGGCUUGUGCGCAGUAUCAGCACACACAGUCCCUGAAAUUUCCUUUUUAUAUCCACAGUAACAGAGAAUUACACCCACGCCCAUUUAUAAACAUAUCGCUGAGGGUAAAGCUGCCAUAACACUGAAACGUGACAUCAAAUAACGCUUCCUAUUAUAUCACAAAUCAUGCGUUUAGAAUGCAUGGUUUUGUUUUUUUUUAUGUGAGAAACCUGCACUCAAGCAUAUUCCACUGAGUGUGUGUACAAGAGCACAUUCAAGACACCACACUGUUCUCUGUGAGACAUUUCGGGCAGGUGGGGGAAAUCUUGAGACCCAUACGGGGUGGUUGUACUUAAGUCUAAGAUUGUAAUGUCACACCUGUGCAACAGUACCUGUAGCUUGAAUAUUGUACUCUGUAUUAUCAUGUCCUGACAGUGUGUGAGAGUGUGAAUAUUGGCUUGUUUUAAUGCAUCUGCAAGUGUGUUUCACUCCCCGAUAGUUCUUCCUGCGUGGGGACAUGUUCUCCUCUCCCCUGCACUUAAAUUGCUAUAUGACACUGACAAUUGCACAAACACACAAAACACGUUACCUAUAACAUCACAGCCUCGGCCUUAUUAUUAUUAUAUAGGACCUAGAAGAAUUUCUGACCCAUCACAGCACACCUUUGAAUAAAUUACUAUAGUAAGAGCCAGUCUCUUGGACACUGAGUAAAGGUUUGAGACCGAUAAUCGGUUUGACGACCGAUAUAUAUAUAUAUAUAUAUAUAUAUAUAUAUAAUUUUUUUUUUUUUUUUUUUUUAUCAGAACAAGGUACAAGUGUUCAGUGAAAAAAAUCACUUCUAAAGACAUUGCUUUUUAUACAUUUUCCACCCACAAAUUCCUAUCCCAACACAACAAACCCAAAUGCUAAGAAAAAUAAAUAAUAAAUAACAUAAUACACACAUACACAUGAGGAAAGAAAAGACGACCGAUAUUUUUUACUGAUAUUCACAUUUUCUACUUGGUUAUCUAUUCUUUAAUAAUAGGUACUGAAGUGUGCCAUUUAGUAGAGGUAAUGGCAAUGCCAUUGCACAACUGUAUGUUGACGUAAAAUAAAAUUUUUGCAUAAUUAACUUUUUACAUAAAACAAAGAGAAAGAUGAAGCAUUGUCAGUUAGACCAAAACAGAUGCGAGCAAUCAAUCUCAAAACAACGAAAUAGGGAUGCGCCGAUAUGAAAAUUUUGGCCGGUACCGAUAAUUCUUUAUAGUUAAAAGCCGAUAACCGAUAUAUUGGUCGAUAAAUCUAAAUAAAAAAAGCCAUGUCCCAAGCACACAAUUAUAUGAAAAUUUUGGCCGAUAACCGAUAAUUCUUUAUAUUUGAAAGCCGAUAAACGAUAUAUUGGUCGUUAAAUCUAAAUUUAAAAAAAGCCAUGUCCCAAGCACACAAUUAUAUGAAUAUUUUGUCCAAUACCGAUAAUUCUUUAUAAUUGAAAGCCGAUAACCGAUAUAUUGGCCGAUAAAUCUAAAUAAAUGAACAUUUUAGCCAAUACCAAUAACCGAUAAUUCUUUAUAUUUGAAAGCCGAUGACCGAUAUAUUGACCGAUAAAUCUAAAUUUUAAAAAGCCAUGUCCCAAGCACACAAUUAUAUGAAAAUUUUGGUCGAUACCGAUAACCAAUAAUUCUUUAUAUUUAAAAGCCGAUAACCGAUAUUUUGGCCAAUAAAUCUAAAUAAUAAAAAAAAGCCAUGUCCCAAGCAAACAAUUAUACUGUUCUCAUUAUAAUAUUAUGUAGCCUAUAUGACAGACUUGCACUGUACAUUGUACUUAACUGUAUUUUCCUUUUUUUAAAUGAUUUCAAUCAUAUUUCAAGCAAUUCAAAACCAUAAUGGGAGACAGUGCGCAUCUGAAGAGUCUCAGUUGAAGGAAAAAUAAUCCAUUAUUUAUCGGCUUUAAUAUAUUGGCUAAAUUUUCUUAUCGGGACAAUAACAUUAAAAAUUAACAUAUAUCGGCCGAUACCGAUAUGGUGGGCGAUAUAUUGUGCAUUCCUACAACUAAACAAAAACCAAAUUAUAGUGCAAAAAAUGCUAUUAUUAAUAUUUGAAAUGAUUUUGAAACAAUUUAUCAUGCAUAUGUUUUAAUUAGUCAAAAAAACUGAAAUUAAGGGUUAUUAGAAAUUGGUUUGUUUUCAUUUGUGUCUAAGAGACUGGCUCUAACACCGUCACGACAAAUACUCACAAAACCUCAGCAAUCAUUAGUGUCUAAUUGGAAUAUGGACUUGAAUAAUGUUAAUCAAACGCUUACAUACUAAACAUAUAGUUGCAAGCCUACAAUUAGUAUGUGAAAUUCAGGUAUUAAGACGUGAUGAUUGUUUAACAUUUUUUGUACAAAAAAAAAAAAAAAAGCUGUUGGUGCUGGAGGUUUAAUAUUUCGAUCAAAAUGUUCACCGCUUUCACCCCACCACAGUCUAACACAUUCACAUGUCCUUGUGAAGCCCCCACCUCCCAACAACAAACCUGCACCUGUCCAUUCGAGAACGUCUGGAGCUCACUGUGUGUUAAUGUCAUGGACGUCAGUGAAUCUUUGAGUUUGCAUUGCUGUCUUUUCUACUCAUUUCUACCGGUAACUCUUUCUAUUCAUAGCCAAAUAUGAGGCGGGCCUUCCUGUGUCUGUGUGCCAAUCACAGACCAGCGUGGUCCUGGUCUGAUGGUCGCCCAGCGUGGUUUUAUACAUGCACAUUUUUUUAAAAGAACUUUUUUGUUUUUUCUUUGUUUUCAUUUUUUUUCCCUCAUUGGUUGAUUUGUGUAUAAAGAGGCAAAGUUCUGUCACUAAUAUGCCACUCUAUUCAAAAUAAAACCUGAUUGGUUA